AUGGUGUAUUUUCUCAAAGCGGCUGUGUCGCCACGGUAUUACGAAGGAUGGGUAUGUGGUGGAGCACUUGUAUCCCCCGAGUUCAUAGUGACGUCAGCAGCUUGCGUCACUGAUGUCACCCAUCUCUAUGCUAUAGCGGGUUACGAUAAAUACGUGAGAGACACAGAAAUCGACAACGAUCCUUGUACAAAAGCAAAGAAAAAGAAAGUUGUGCUCAUCUGUACACCUAAAGCUUACGAAUUGAAAUAUGAAGAAAUAGAAAAAUGGUCAUACAUUGAUAUAGCCGUAGUGAAAGUGGAAUCUCCCUACGACUUUCAAGAUAAAUCGUUUGCAGAACUUUGUUCUUACAUACCUGUACCUAUAAUAAUUAAUUAUGAAACAAAAUAUCAGGAGCCUGGUGUUGAUGGCAUCGUCCUAGGUUGGGGUCAUCAAUCCAAAUGGCGACAGCAAUUAGACCCAAGAGACUAUAACCAAGAAAAGUUGCACUAUGCACCGAUACUAAUACAAAAUAAAGAAGAUUGUAAAAAAGAGUACGCUGUAUAUAAAGGAAUGGAUCAAGUUAUAGACAAAUAUAUGAUUUGCACUUUUGAAAAAGGAAAUAUAAAUGAUGCAGGAGAGACUAUAGUCAAAGCUCCACCCAGAGCGCAGGGAUGCAAAUUUAGCCCAAAUGGACUACGCACGUUUGAUGGCGUUUCUUGUGAAAAUGUCAACUCUCUAGGUGAUGACAUGGAUUUAGUAGAAAAUACAAGAAAAAACAAUGGACUACUAAAUAAUCGAACAGCUAAUGCAAAAGUAGAUAAAAAAUCAAAUAAUGUCAACAAUAAAAUUAUGAAUGGUUCAACAGUAGAAAAAGGAUCACUAAACAUUAACAAUUUGGGAAGAAUGAAUACUAGAAGGAAUGGGAUUUGUCAGAAUGAUCAUGGUGGACCCAUGGUGACAUGGGUGGGAGCUCACGAAGUGCUUAUUGGAGUCGCAUCAGUGUUCAAAAUCACCGAAGCACUUGAAUGCAUUGGACCGUAUUUGUUCACUAGUACUCAAUGCAAUGGAGCAUUCCUCGAUUGCAUACUACGGUCUGAUCCGGAGAAAACGGAUACUAUGAGACGUGCAAUUUGCGAUAAUGCUACUAGCGCUGGAUUCGAGCUAAUUGAAAAAAAGAUUUCAUGGAAACAUCACCCUGACGGGCCGAGGUCGCGGUGCCUCAUUGCGCUUACCCCGCAACCGCGGCUGAACAUCAGCUUGGGUCUGGUUCUGGUCGGGCGGCGAGUUGCCCUUACUCGCUCUCCGCAGACCCGCGCAAGCCUCUUAGGCUUGAAGUUUCGACCCGGUUGCACAGGUCGUGGUCGCAAUGAAACGCGAAAGAUCAAAAGUUAG